CUCUGAACUCCAAUCGAGAAAAAGUUCGAGAUAUAGUCCUCCGGGCAACAUCUCACCAUGAAGACCGACUUUCGCUUCUCCAACCUGCUCGGCACCGUCUACUCGCGCGGAAACCUGCUCUUCAGCCCUGACGGCACCUGUCUCUUCUCCCCCGUCGGCAACCGCGUCACCGUCUUCGACCUCAUCAACAACAAAUCGCACACCCUUCCCUUCGCCCACCGUCGCAACAUUGCCCGCCUGUCUCUGAACCCCCGCGGAAACCUACUCCUCUCCGUCGACGAAGAUGGUCGCGCAAUUCUUACCAACGUGCCCCGCCGCAUAGCCCUCUACCACUUCUCCUUCAAGCAGCCCGUUUCUGCCCUCGCAUUUGCGCCGUCCGGCCGCCAAUUCGCCGCAGCCAUCGGUAGGCAGGUCGAAGUAUGGCACACGCCUUCGACGCCCGAUGCUGGCGCCGACGGUGAGCUCGAGUUUGCGCCGUUCGUGCGCCACCGCGUAUAUACCGGACACUACGACAAUGUCGCGAGCAUAGAAUGGUCGAGCGAUUCGAGAUUCUUCCUGACCGCAUCCAAGGACCUGACCGCGAGGAUAUGGAGCUUGGACCCAGAGGAGGGUUUCGUGCCUACGACCCUGGCAGGACACAGGCAAGCUGUUGUGGGCGCGUGGUUUUCAAAAACUCAAGAAACGAUGUACACGGUUAGCAAAGACGGCGCGUUAUUCGAAUGGCAAUACCUGCCGAAACCAGGUGCAGUCGACGAGGAUGGCAACCCCGAGGAGGACACCGAGCGGUGGAGGAUAGCCGAAAGGCAUUACUUCAUGCAGAACAACGCGACAGUAACUUGCGCCGCGUUCCAUGCAGACUCCAACCUGCUCGUCGUCGGGUUCUCGAACGGUAUAUUCGGCAUCCACGAACUGCCGGAAUUUAACACGAUCCAGAACCUGAGCAUCUCGCAAAAUGACAUUGAUCAUGUCACUAUUAAUAAGAGCGGAGAGUGGCUUGCUUUCGGCGCAUCGAAACUGGGCCAGUUGCUCGUCUGGGAAUGGCAAUCCGAAUCAUAUAUCCUGAAGCAGCAGGGGCAUUUUGAUUCGAUGAACUCCAUUGUAUACUCUCCGGACGGUCAGAGGAUUAUCACUACGGCCGACGAUGGCAAGAUUAAGGUCUGGGACGUAAACUCCGGAUUCUGUAUCGUCACUUUUACAGAGCACACGAGCGGUGUGACGGCCUGCGAGUUCGCCAAGAGGGGCAAUGUCCUCUUCACAGCUUCGCUUGAUGGCUCGAUACGGGCGUGGGACCUCAUCCGUUACCGUAAUUUCCGCACCUUUACCGCGCCUAAGCGCCUCUCCUUCUCCUCCAUCGCCGUGGACCCCAGCGGCGAGGUCAUUUGCGCCGGAUCCCGCGACGACCCGGACAUCCAUAUCUGGUCAGUGCAAACCGGCCAAUUGCUAGACACGCUCUCCGGCCACGAGGCACCUGUCUCGAGUCUUGCCUUUGCGCCCAACGGUGGAAACAUCGUCAGUGGCAGCUGGGACCAUACGGUACGCAUCUGGGACAUUUUCGCGCGCACGCAAACCAGCGAGCCGCUGCAGCUGCAAGCCGACGUGCUCAGCCUGGCCUUCCGGCCUGACUCGAAGCAGAUUGCCGUAUCGACGCUGGACGGGCAGCUUUCGUUCUGGUCCGUCUCGGAGGCGUCGCAAGUCGGCGGCCUCGACGGGCGGCGCGACGUGUCCGGCGGGCGCAAGAUGACGGACCGGCGCACGGCAGCCAACGUGGCGGGCACCAAGUCCUUCAGCUGCGUGACGUACAGCGCCGACGGGACGUGCGUACUCGCGGGCGGCAACAGCAAGUACAUCUGCCUGUACGAUGUGCAGUCGGGCGUGCUGCUGAAGAAGUACACGGUCAGCGUGAACCUGGCGCUCGACGGGACACAGGAGUUCCUGAACUCGAAGCAGCUGACGGAAGCGGGGCCGCAGGGCCUCAUUGACGAGACGGGCGAGGCGUCGGACCUGGAGGACCGGCUGGACAAGACGCUGCCGGGCGCACAGCGCGGCGACCUGAGCGCUCGCCGCACCCGGCCGGAAGUGCGCGUGCCAGCGGUCGCGUUCGCGCCCACGGGCCGCGCUUUCUGCGCUGCUUCGACCGAGGGUCUGCUCAUUUACAGCUUGGACGCGACGCCGCAGUUCGAUCCGUUCGACCUCGAUGUGACGGUGACGCCGGCGACGACGCUCGCAGCCCUCGAGAAGGGCCAAUGCCUCCAAGCGCUGGCAAUGGCAUUCCGGCUCAACGAGCGCGCCCUCAUCGCGCGCUGCUACUACGGCACCCCAGUUGCGGACAUCGCGCUGCUGGCGCGCGACCUGCCGGCCGUGUAUCUCGGGCGCUUGCUGCGCUUCGUGGCGGCGCAGGCGGAGGAGAGCCCGCACCUCGAGUUCAACCUGCGGUGGAUCGAGCAGCUGCUCACGCGGCACGGGCGCGUGCUCAAGGACCGCAGCGGCGAGUUCGCGCCCGAGCUGCGCGCCGUGCAGCGCGUGGUUGGGCGGGUGCAACGCGAGGUUGCGCGGCUGGCAGAGGAGAAUCUGUACGCGAUUGACUUCUUGCUCGCGCAGCCUGUGGGGGCUGCGGGUGAGGAUGCGAGGGAAAGUGUCUUGAGGCUUGUGGAGGGCGGUGAUAGCGAUGAGGAUAUGGAUGAGAGUGGCAGCGGCAGCGGCAGCGAGGACGAGUGGAUGGGCUUGGAUUAGUGUUGUUUGGUUGGGGGAACAAAAGCUUCUUCUUCUUUUUCUUCUUUUUGGGUUUUCGUUCCGUUACGCAUUGCUCGUUCUACAUAGAGGCGAUGGAGUAUACAGGCUUGUAGACAAGGAGGCAUGGAAGAGAUGGAGAUGACACAUAAUCGCAACGACUUUUUGCACAUACAUUGGCUCUAGACUGCUCGCCGUUCCUGC